UGUUUUUUCUUACUUUUUGCUUUAUGGUUAUUUACUUUUUCUUAUAGGUGUUAUAUCGGGUUUUGUUUUCUGAGGUGUUUGUCAACAAAUAAGCUGACAUUUUGUCAGCUUAAUAGGCCAGUAUGGCCAAUUCAAAGGGGAGGGAAUCUCCCCCAAACUUUGUGUUUGAAAAGCUAAGCCGCCGCCAUGGGGUAAAAAUGGUGACGGAGGGGUUUACCUCGCUGGAACAGUGUGUGCUAGCUUUAGGUAAUGUGGUUGGGUGUGAGCGUAUUGUGUCUGCGUCUCGAAUGAACGGAGCAAUUGUUGCUUUUUUAUGUGAUACCAGUCUUGUUGCAAAGGCUUUUGAAAAAGGCAUUGUUGUAAACGAUACUUUUGUUGCGGUUACACCGCUGUCUGUCCCGUCCCGAAGAGUCAUUCUUUCGAAUGUCCCUCCGUUUCUAAAAAAAUGAUUUAAUUGAGCGUGCGCUUUCCCGGUAUGGUAAAAUUGUAUCCAGCCCCAAGAGAAUACCGAUUGGCUGCAAAUCCCCGCAGUUAAAGCAUAUAGUGUCGUUCCGAAGACAUGUCAAUAUGAUUUUUAAUGACGUGAAUCAGGAACUGAACGUUGCACUUAAAUUCAAGGCAGAUGAUAUUGAAUAUGUCAUUUUUGCCAGUACUGAUGUAAUGCGAUGUUUUCACUGUAAAAAGGAGGGACACAUUGUUAAGAACUGUCCUGAGAAAGGAGGUAAUGCGGGCGAGGAGAAUGAGGGUGAGCAAGGGGAGAGAGAAGAAGCUGGGCAGCCGGAGGAGCGUGGAGCUGAGAGCGGUUCCGUGGUUUCUGAAACCCUGGCUAAAGAGGGAAGUAAGGAGCAGGACACAGUGCAGGCUAGCGGGAGUCUGAAUCGGGACAGCAACGCUGAGGAGAGUAUCUCCCCAGCUAUCGGCCGAGACACGGGAGACAAAGGGCAUUUAUUUAAAAUCGAGAACUUGACCGAUCUCCCCCUGUCAAGUGUGAAGGGGCACACACUGUAUGAAUUAUGUGUUAAGCUAAGACACGAGAAGCAAUUGCAAGGCCUUCCAGAUACAUCUUGGAGAGAGCGGUUGGAGGUGGAGGAGCAGGUCAGGCCGGCUUGGAGAAGCUUCUAUAACCCCCCCCCCCCCCUCCUGUCAAAGAGGCUGGGAGAUCUACAGUGGAGACUCUUGCACACGAUUCUCGCUGUUAAUGCCUACCUCUGCAUACUAGACCCAACGGUAUCUGACAAAUGUCCUUUUUGA